UUUAUUUAGAGAAUCUCAGUCUCCCUCUUCCAGCACUCCAUCCAGUGCAAAAUAAUGGCAUUCUACAUCCCCUCCCAUUUUCAAUGGUUCUCUUUCGCCUUAAUGAUACUUCCUUUCGUCCUUUUCUUGCUCCUCGUUCAGAGAAACAAGAGAAGAAGAGCCUUUAAACUCCCUCCUGGUCCCUUCCCCCUUCCCAUCCUUGGCCACCUACUACAUAUCAACCGUAUCUUUCCUCACCAAUCUCUAUGGCUACUCUCCACAAAACAUGGACCUCUCAUCCAUGUACAACUGGGCCGUAAACCGACAGUAGUCGUUUCAUCUGCUAGAAUGGCAAGCGAGCUCUUCAAAUCUCGCGAUCAUGUAUUCUCUCGUAGGCCCACUCUCAUCUCCAAUAAGACGCUCACUUACAAUUUCGAUGUGGCUUUUUCGCCUGAUCAUGGCGAUUAUUGGAAAGAGAUGCGCAAGCUUUUGGUUUCUAAUCUCUUGAGUGCAAAGACUGUACGGUCAUUCCGGUCCAUUAGGGAGGGAGAGGUCGCCCGAAUGAUAACGUCGAUUCAUUGUUGUUCUUCUUCUCCUCCUCUUUAACCUGUCAAUCUGAAAGAGAUGCUUAUUACUCUCACCAACAACAUAGCCUGCAUUACGGCUUUCAGUAAGAGUUACGAAGGAGGAAAUGAGAAUGAGAAAGCCAAAAUGAGGGGAGUUAUUGCGGAGGGGGCAUACGUGUUGAGCCGUUUCUUUGUUGAAGAUUUCUUGCGGUGGAUGUGGUGGAUCGACGCCGUCAGUGGAUUAUAUGCUAAGCUCAAAAAGAGUUUCUUGGACUUCGAUGACUUUUACGAGCAGGUCAUUGAGGACCACCUUGAUCCCAAGAAGUCAAAGCCAGAGCGGGAAGAUUUUGUAGAUGUCUUGCUUCGAGUCCAAAAGGAUUCAUAUCUCACCCGAGAUCACAUCAAGGGAGUCAUGAUGAAUAUCUUAUUUGGUGCAACUGAUACAAGCGCAUCGGUUGUGGCAUGGGCAAUGGUAGAGCUGAUUAGGAAUCCAAGGGCGAUGAAGAAAUGUUAGGAUGAAGUUAGAACGAUUGUUGGAAGGAAAGGCAAAGUGGAAGAAGAUGACCUCAACCAGCUAGAAUACAUCAAGUCAGUGGUAAAGGAGACAAUGAGACUCCACUCACCAGUUCCACUAUUGAUUCCCCGUGAAAGUACACAGCACUGCAAGAUCAACGAAUAUGAUAUUCUCCCUGGCACUAGUGUCAUCAUCAAUGCAUGGGCCAUUGGCAGGGACCCGGAAUCGUGGGACAGCCCAGAUGAAUUCUUGCUAGAACGAUUCAUGAAUAGCUCAAUAGAUUACAAAGGGAAAGAUUUCGAGCUCGUACCAUUUGGAGUAGGCCGAAGGGGCUGCCCUGGGCUUCAUUUUUCAGCUCCAACCAUGGAACUUGCCUUAGCAACUCUUAUCUACUGUUUUGAUUGGAAAAUGCCUGUUGGAAUGAGCAAGGAUGACAUGGAUAUGACCGAGGCAUCUGGCCUUAUAUCACUCCCAAAAUCCAAUCUUCUCCUCGUACCAACUAAACAUGACUAUGCUUCUAUCAGCUAAACUGUUGACGCAUAUUCUUGGACUGAAGAUUGGACGGUCUAGAUUGACGUGCAAGCUGGAUGUUCGAGCUUCCAUACUCUAGCAAAUUGUGUUAAAAGCCAUAUAAUUCUUCGUUUCUAUCCGAUAUGCACACCAUAACUCCCAAAUAAGGCAAACGGUUGUAUGUGAUGUCAAAUGCUUCUGUAUUGUGUUUGGUAGCACUAAUGUGUUGAUUAAGAUUUUCGAUUGGAUAUAAAU